AUGGCGGAGAAGUCGGUGGAUCGAAAAGGUUUCGUAUUUUUUACAGAAGUUUUUGUACGGAUUCAAGUCUACCCUUCAAAAGGGAAACGCACAAUUAAAAAAGGUGCUUAACUGACCGCAAAAACGGUUUAACACUUGAAAUGUUUCAUGUGGGGUUUGAGAAACGAGACAGUUUUUUGUUAUUUGUUUUUUUCAGUACUUCACGUUAAUUCUGUGUCCAGUUUAGCUGCAGAGCGACAACAACCUGGGCCAUGUGAGCAGGUACGGUUAAAGUAAGAGGUCUAAACUGGCAUUUGACUAACAAAGACAAAAGCCAAACGAAUGCGACAUCAUAUUUAAUGGUUAAAAUUAAGCUUAUGGGGUAAACGUGCUAUAAUUAAAAGGUUUUCAGCUUGUAAUCAUUGCAAUGAAAUAAGUUUUCAAGCAUUGUUUUUAUCUUCUUAUUUUCUACACGAUUUUUGUCUUUCUUUGCUCAUUUUUCACAUGUGCCUUACACAAUGUGAGGUGAAUUGGUAAAAACCAUCCGUCGAGCUUUUUUCAUUAUUCCUUUAAUAGUAAAACAUUUACAGUGUGUGGUGCCCGGGGUGUGGUGCCAGUAAUUGUGCUCACAUUUAAGCAGGUUUAUUUAAAUAUCUUUGAGAUAUAUGAGAGAGCUUAUGGGGUGAAGUUUAGGUCUGGAAAUUUGUUAGAAAAUGGAAAUAAAAGUCGAUGAAACUUACCUUGUGGUGAGUUGUUGUUGUCCUUUAUAUGCACACUAAGUUUCGGAAAAAAUAGUCUCCUUCAUCUUUCCUACAUAGUAUAGUGACAAGGUAGGAGGCUGACGGCAGCACUGGGGCUCUGAUGGACCCCAAACCAGCAUGAUUUUCUUCGCGAAAAUCAAAUCCAUUUGCUAAAUAAACACGCCAGCCUCAUGGAACAUGAAUUUCUCUAAACCCUGACUCCAGCUAGCAACGCAAAGCCAGUAGUUUCUGUAGAACUUAUAUGUUUACCUAUUAAAAUGACAGCCAGAAGCCAUUAGAAUCACAACUGGUCCAACUGAGCUCGGGAUGCCUGGUGACAAGUAUAAUGAAUCCCCAUGGAGGGAAGGGAGUACCACUCACCAUCUGACUGCACCCUUUCCUCCACGGGGACGUAAUUAUUAUACUUGUCACCAGGCACCUCGAGCUCAGUGACAUUUUUGAAUUGGACCAGUUGUCAACUGGAUUCGAUUUUCACGAAAAAAAAAUUGUGCUUGUUUGGGGUUGAUCGGAGUCCCAACACUAUUGUCAGCCUCCUACCUUGUCACUAUACUAUGUAGGAAAGAUGAAGGAGACUAUUUUUCCCGAAACUUCACGUGCAUAUAAAGGACAACAACAACUCGCCACAUGGUAAGUUUUCUUGAUUUUUAUUUCCAUUUUCUAAGAAAUUUCCAGACCUAAACUUUGCCCUGUAUGUUCUCUAUAUUUACUCAUGCUAUAUGAAACCCGUAUGUGACACAAAUAGUGAGCCUGGAUUACCUGUGGUUCCACCGUGCAAUUACCCUCAUUAAAUUAUUAAUCCUUUAACUUUGCUCAAAAUAUUUACAGGUAUGACUUAAUAUAGACAACAAUGUAGUUAGAACCACAUUAUUUUGUACAGAUGAAAAGGCAUUGUGUUACCUUUGUGCAAGUAAUAUUACUAUCAUUAUUAAGUAAAAAUUGAAAUUUUAUUGUCCACUAGACAAGUGGAUUUUUGUUUCCUUCCCUGGAUAAGCAACUUUCAAACAAUUAACAGUAUUAUUUCUAGCAACAAAUCAGUCAACUAGAGUAAUUCUCUUGAUAAACAGAACAAAUGCAACACAGAAACCUAAGUUGCCUUAAAACGUAUUAUAUUAUUAUAAUACUGUUAGUCAUUUUAACUUACUACUUCAGUGUAAGUAGAAGUUAUUGUCUGGUGGUAAAACACACAUUCAAUUUUCCAGAAAAAUGUCUGUGCAUGGCAAAUUGAACAUGAGGCACUCAUUGUAAUUCUCAGAGGCCAGCUGGGGGCAUGAAAACCUGAACCGAAAGCUUGCCUUAAUCAUCUGAACAGGUAGGUAACAAUGCAAGAUCCCCCCCCCCCACAGCUGUUACUACUACAUGUUAUCUUGAAGACAAAUUUGCUGUUUUUGCCUCAAUAUCAAGCAGAAUGCAUGAUGCAAAUGUUUUAAACCAUUCACUCUUUAACAAAACAAUUUAUGUAUAUGUUGUAGUUAAUUUUUUAUAUAUCUGAGGCAAAUUUUGUUUUUCUUUUGUUUUUGGGUAUGGUAAUGUUGCUAAUAAAGUUGAAAAAUAAAAAUUACCUGAGAUAAAAAAAUAAUUACCACGUAAACAUGUACAUCCAUAGGAACCUUGCAAGAAGCCAUCACUCAAGACACCACAUACACUGAAGCAGUCAGUAAAAUACUAAACACAUCUAUUAUUGUGCAGUUCCAGAAAAAAUAUCCAUACCCCCCACAGAGGGAACUUUUACUUUAGACCCCCCCACCGCCCCUCCCCCUGGAAUUUCCAUUUUAUACUGUAGGGGUUGCUUGUUAUAGUCCCCCACCCUCUGGAAUUUGGUUCAGUACCCUCGGGGAAGUAUAUUUGUGUCAAAAAUGUUGUAUUUGUUGCACUAUGUUUUUUUAUGCGAAAGAUUUUUUUUUCUGCGAGAAAAUGCGAAAAGAUCAUAUCAUUCAUGUUAAUAAGGUGGCUAAUAAUCUCAAGGACGUCCAGCUUACCUAAUGAUAAACCAUACAGGCGAAACCUUAUACUACGGACUACACGAAAGAUGUCAUCUACAAAAGAACCAGUUACAUUCAAACUAAACACCAUGUGAAGUUUCAUUACUUCAUUUUAGUUAGAACAUGUUGCAAGAAGGCUUAGAACACAACCAAAUUAUGGUGAAUCAAUUGUGUAAUAAAGCAACACCUAGCGUGCGAGUAUGCUCUCCUAAUUGGGCAAGCGAAGCGAGCCUCGCGAGAUCACGGCGCCCCUGGCCCGCGCGUUGUCUUUCGCAAAUCUCGCUUUGCUUGCCUAACUAGGAUAACUUGCUCGCAGGCUAAAAAACACCUGACGGUUUAUUCAUGAGCCGAUGACAAUUAUUGUAUUAAAGAAAACUAUUGAAAAAAGCAUUUAGCUGACCGUAGGUAAAACAUGAUCAAUGCUAACAAUAAUACUUGUUUUGAAACACUGGUAACAGUAAAUAACUGAUAGCUUUCUCAACAGAGAAGCUGCUAUUUAUUAUUAACUGACCAAUCUUACUCAAACUCCCUGGAAAAAGACCUCUGUAAGCAACCCCCUACUCCCUUGGGAAUUGCCUCCUUUUUGACACCCCCCCUCCCCUCCCCUUGGAAUUUCUGUUGCCCUUCGUGGGGGAUUAUGGAUAUUUUCUGCGACUACACAUUACACUUGCCAAAGGGAGGCCGUAGAGGGAUAAAAGAGUUUUAAAAUUCUUCAAGCAAAGCAACCUUGUUAUAAAAAAGACAAAUACAAAUCUCAUAUUGGCUACUGAUUCAGUAAACAGUACUACUGAUUUUUGUAACCAUUAUUUCUCCAGGAUAACGUUCAUGUUAUACUGUGUUUUUUUGUAGGAGUAAAAUGCUGGGAAAGGGAAAUGAUACAUGUCCAGUUGAAAGUUGUAUCAGAAUUCAACCGAGAUGUCCAUAUGAGAAAGCUUGACAGGGAUGGAAGGAACUAA